AUGGAAGAUAGAGGAGGCUUUUCAAGAGGUUUUGGAAGAGGUGCUAGGGGAGCUAGAGGCGUCAGAGGCAGAGGAAGAGGAAGAGGACGAGGCUCAGCAGAAGAUGAUUUAAAAAACUGGGUACCAGUAACAAAAUUAGGAAGAUUAGUAAAAGAAGGAAAAAUAUCAUCAAUUGAAGAAAUAUAUUUACAUUCAUUACCAAUUAAAGAAUAUCAAAUUAUUGAUUAUUUUUUUCAACCAAAUGAAUGUGCACACCCAUUAAAAGAUGACGUUGUAAAAAUUAUGCCUGUACAAAAACAAACUCGUGCAGGUCAAAGAACAAGAUUUAAAGCUUUUGUAGCAAUUGGUGACGGAAAUGGACAUUGUGGUUUAGGAGUCAAAUGUGCAAAGGAAGUUGCCACAGCUAUAAGAGGAGCAAUUAUUGCAGCAAAACUUUCUUUAAUCCCAGUAAGAAGAGGAUAUUGGGGUAACAAAAUCGGAGACCCACACACAGUACCAAUGAAAGUCUCAGGAAAAUGUGGUAGUGUUCGUAUUCGUUUAAUUCCUGCCCCAAGAGGUACACAAAUUGUCGGUGCACCAACAACAAAAAAAAUGUUAAACUUUGCCGGAAUUAAAGAUUGCUUUUCAUCAUCUUGUGGAAAAACCAAAACCAGAGGAAACUUUCUAAGGGCCAUUUUCAAUGCUUUGAGCAAAACAUACGGAUAUUUAACCCCAGACUUGUGGAAAGUAACCAAAUUCGACAAAUCCCCAUACGAGGAAUGGUCCGAUUUUCUUGAAACAUAUCAAAACGUAAAAGGAAUUAAAACAAUAAUUUAA